CUUCCUCCCACCGAGAAGGAUUUGAAACAUAGCCUACGCUCAUGGCAGCUAAUGAAUACCGUAGUUACCUGCGUAAUCAUCUUGAAAUGGAGACCGAUCAGCCGCGAUUUCAUGCUGCUCAAACUACUGCGCCGACUUACAGAUCGCUGAUUUUUGGAACGCUUGCUGUUAUUGGAUUGUUGCAGGUUGCUUCAAGUGUUGCCAUUCUACUGCACUUAACUGGGUAUCUACGCGAGGUAGAUAUUACCUCGAGCCAACAGAAACCUUUAGAGGAGAGAAGCAGAACUGAACCAUAUGUCGCUGAUGCCUUGACAAGUCCAAAGAAAAGGGCCAGAUGCUACAAAAAGCGAGAGAUUGUCCCUGAGGCUCAUCUUCCCAUUCGGGUACCAAUUGACUUCUCCAAUACAGAAGAUCAGAAGACUGUGAUGAUUCACUGGAACGACCAGCAUGGGACGCUGCGGAAGAUCAAAUACAGCGACGGGCGCAUUCUGGUGGAAAAAGGAGGAUUGUAUUACGUUUACGCCAAAACCUGCUUCCGGCACUACGUGCAAGGUACCGGGUCACACCCCGACCAGCCGGACGUGAGCAACGCCCAGUUGAUCCAGUACGUCUAUCACGAGAGGCACACGCAGUCCACCAUAAAGCCGUAUCUGAUCAUGAAGAGCGGCAGCACCAUGAGGUGGGAUGACCAACACUACAACAUGUACUGUGUGCAGCAGGGGAGGGGGGUGCACCUAAGCCAGGGCGACGGCGUCUUUGUCAACGUCUCGAACUCCUGGCUACUGGACCCGGAACCAGAAGGGAGUUAUUUUGGCGCUUUGAAAUUUGGUGCCGCAAACGAACUCUGUUAAAAUAUCGUUUUGAAAAAAAAAGCCUUUUUAAAAAAAAAAAAAGCCUUAUGAACAUUUCAAUGUAUUUCUGAAACCACUAUUAUAUACUGUAUUUGCUGAAUUGAUAUAUUGUAAUUAUUACUAUCAAGGGAUGGCAGUUAUUGGCAGUUGUUGAUUUGAAACCAGCUGUUAAUUUUUUUUAAUAAGAAACCUUUAAAAAUGCUCUGAUACCAUAUCAUAAAUUUUAGCACUGUUUUUUUUACUGGCUGUCAUUUUGUUUUAGUUGUGUGUAAAUGCAUUGCAACAUGUAUAUGUCCCCUUAAGUCAAAGAAGAGUCCUUAGACAAUGUGAACAUGGCCAUGGUUUAAAUGUCUGAAAUGUCAGUUUCAGGGGUUUUAGGUGCUGGUUACACGUAUGUGGGUAUUUUUAAAUGUGGAUAUUUUUUUUUUAUCUGUUUACGUGUAAACAAGCCAUAUGGAUGAAAAUUAAAACUCCAUUGUGACAGGUGCAUUGUGCUCCAUAAAUGGGGGAAAUGCACAUUCUUAAACUGUUUAUUUAUGUGUUAACGAUAGGCCAAUUUGUUUUCAAAAACAUCCAUAUACGUGUAAACGGCUUCUUAGCAGGGGAUCAUUUAUCUAUGGAUAGGCUGUUUGCAAGAGCUUGCAAAAAAAAUGUAGCCAUGCAAUCUACUGUCACGUUUCCAAAGGGAUGGAGAUGUUAACAUUAUAGUGGUGGACUGGAGGAGCACAUGACUGAAACUGCCCAGCAUAGGUUGUUGGUUAAAUCUUUACAUUGGUGACACAAUGACCACUCAAGGAUGAAUACAAUGGGUAAUUUUAUGUCAAGGGGAAAACGAUAGCAUUCUGGGAAAUUUAGAUGAAUAUUGAGGGUUUGAGCUUCAAUUUGUGGAAAAUUAUUUGGAUUUUUUGUUUUUGUUUUUUGUUUGUUCUUCCCAAUUAUUACCAAAUAUGUGGUGCUUUCAAUGGUAUGUGAUUUACAAAAAUUGUACACCAUCUUAAAGGGAGAAAUUCUAUCAAGUCCAAGUUCCUCACUUUGCUAGAGUUACACAUUUAUGUUUUUAUUAUUUUCCAGAAUAUUUUACUAUUUUCCAGCAUUAUAUGACUUUGAAAAAUAUGUAUGUUUCCAAGGAGAAACAUGUCUUUUUCAAUGUAAUAAUUUGAAAUAUUGUCUUAAUUCAUGUUAAAGGGGAAUGCUAUUGCGUUUAUGUAUGACCAACGCCAGUGUAUCUCAGGCAGCGGCUAUAUGAAGAGGUACAACAUGUUUUGGACCACUGAAGUCUAUUCAUUUACUUCAGUAGCUGCCAAAAAUGAAAAAUUAGAACAUAUGGAAAUAACCAUCCAAUGACUUAUUUGACAUGGAUACUCCAUCCCCAACAUCAUUUUCACUUUAAUGACUUAUCUACAUGUGGCCUUUCGCCUACAGAGCCUUAUUGUGGCACAUGACGUGUUAGAUAUUUAAUAAGGAUGUAUUUUCAAGGGAGGGCAGAACAUAAGUCUAGUGUCAAAUAUUGCACAGAAUUGUAAAAUUCCUAUAAAAGACCUAUGUGGAGAAAGAUAGCUGGACUGUCUACGAGUCAGUGAUAUGACUGACAUCACUGACAUCACAUGGAGUAGUAUGUGAGACCAAAUUGACUUUGGUACACUGUUAAUUUAAAAAAUGUAAUACUUUGUCUCUUGCGCCUCGAUGAGCAUGCAAGGGAAAAUGCACUAAAAGUAUUUAUUUAUUUUAUAUGAACAAUUCUGAAAUGGAUCAUUGCUAAAUGCUCUGUUUUAUGUAAAAUUAUGUACAUUUGUUUUUCUAUUGUGUAUUGUUUAUCUUUUUUCUCUUUUGCCACGAUUUAAAGUGCUUUUUUAAAAAUGCUUUUUUCAGUGGACAACCUUGUAUUUAUCUUCACAUGACAAUUUUGUGUGCAAAUUCUCAGUCAAAAGCAGAAUAUAUUAGUUUUUUAAAGCUUCUUUGUCAAAAACUGUUGGUAAUGUUUAUUUAUAUUAUGUUGGUUAAUAAAGUACUUUUAAAUAUG